GCCUCCCCGAAGCCUGCGCAGUAGCGCUCUCGCCUCUUUGAAGCUGUAGCCGGGGCCGCGGUCACGUGGGGCGAAUUCCUGGAAAGUUCCUGGAAAGCGGCCUCCGCAGCAGGCGGGCGGGGCGCGCGGAGCGUGGACGGAGGAGGGAGGUGGGGAGCCCGGGAGGUGCGCGGGGCUGGGGAGUCGCGCGCACACGCCGCUCCGGGGACAGACGUUUAACUCUUGCCAAGUCUCGCCGCCGCCGCGGCUCGCGGGCCUUGGGCUUCCCCUGAAGCAUGAGCCUCCUCGCCCGCCGCCACUGGCGCAGCGCGGGCCGCGGACAGUGCGCACCCGGGCUCCCGGCGCCGCGUCUCAGGAUCCUCUGUGCCCGCAGUCAAGACAACGGAGGAGCUCGGGCGGGGGCUGGCGGCAGGCAAACUGUGGGUGACGGCGCCUGCGGGGGACUUUGCCAUCUGUCCACCAGGACCUGGGGAGGAAGAACCAGCAGCUCCCCACCCCCUCCCCCUCCACCACCAUUUUGGAUACUCCGCAGGGACGUGUUUUGGGGUUCCCACUGACUUCCAGGAAGGACGCGUGCCCUUCUCUGACCCCUGCGCGGGCGGCCACCAGUGUUUGCCGUGGUGACCCUUUGCCCAUGACCCUGCGGUGCCCCGAGCCCUCCGGGAAUGGCGCGGAAGGGACGCGGAGCCAGUGGGGGACCGCGGGGUCCGCGGAGGAGCCGUCCCCGGAGGCGGCGCGUCUGGCGAAGGCCUUGCGGGAGCUCAGUCAAACAGGUUGGUACUGGGGAAGUAUGACUGUUAAUGAAGCCAAAGAGAAAUUAAAAGAGGCACCAGAAGGAACUUUCUUGAUUAGAGAUAGUUCGCAUUCAGACUACCUACUAACAAUAUCUGUUAAAACAUCAGCUGGACCAACUAAUCUGCGAAUCGAAUAUCAAGAUGGGAAAUUCAGAUUGGACUCUAUCAUAUGUGUCAAGUCCAAGCUUAAACAAUUUGACAGUGUGGUUCAUCUGAUCGACUACUAUGUUCAGAUGUGCAAGGAUAAGCGGACGGGCCCAGAAGCCCCCCGGAAUGGCACUGUUCACCUUUAUCUGACCAAACCGCUCUACACGUCAGCACCGCCUCUGCAGCAUCUCUGCAGACUCACCAUUAACAAAUGCACCGGUGCCAUCUGGGGACUGCCUUUGCCAACAAGACUGAAAGAUUACUUGGAAGAAUAUAAAUUCCAGGUAUAAGUGUUUCUCUUUUUCUAAACAUGCCUCAUAUAGAGUAUCUCCGAAUGCAGCUAUGUAAAAGAGAACCAAAACUUGAGUGACUGCUCUGGAUAACUACACGGAAUUCUAAGAACGGCUGAAUCAAUCUAACCUACAUGUGUGACUAGGUAGCUAGGUCAGGUUCCCUCAAAUAUGUUCACCUGAGAAAUGCUUCCCUGCCUAAGGCUAAGACCAGCUGAUCCUUUUAAGUUAAAAAUUAAAUGUCCCAAGUAAAGGCCGAAGUAAGCUUUUGAUCAGAAUGCCCUGCCUUUCUGAGGUUCCUUUCUCUUUGGUUGAAGGUCCAGGCACCAGUAGUAGAGAAAGGGAGAAAGGACUCCAUGGCGGAGAACUGAAGAAGGGGAAGGAACCUGACAGGCUUAGCUUCCACUUUAUAUGCCUGGUGAUCCGAGUCUAUUCUGGACAUGUUAUAUUUUGCAUUCUGAUGUUCCUAGGGGUUUUGUUGAUCAGAUAUGCUUGUGAGUAUUUAUCCUUCAUUUUAUGCAAUUAACCAAGUCAACCAAAAAAAAAAAAAUGACCAUGAAAUCCUGUAUUUGUCUUUUUACUACAUGUAUGAACUCUUUCAUGUGAACGCGUACUGUAGUAAUCCAUUUUAAGAGAGCCUUACUUCAGAAAUAUUUCAAACUGGUGCAAACGGAAAAGACUUCAUCUUUUCCAUUAAGGCUAAAGACAAGAAUGUCAUGCUAUACAGGUGCAACCCCAUCCAGGUUAAUAAAACCAUGUAGAUAUAGACAUUUUACCCUUUGAAGUAUCUGUGUCCCAACCUGUUGCCAUGGAUUUUUUUGGAAAUGGCUUUAGAAAUUUCCAAGUUGUCCUUGAAUUGUCUAACUAUAGACAUCAGCAGUUGUCUCCCUUCUACCAUGUAGAAAACUUUGACUUAAUUUUCUUCCAGAUAUAAGGGGAUACCUGCCUGUUUUUCAAAGUGUUUAUUUACUGCUGUUACUAUUUGAUUAGAAUGUAUUAAAUAAAAAAAAAACCCUGACUUUUACAAGUUGCGCUUAUAUUAUUUUGAAUCGCAGAAAACUUACACUUUCAUGAGGGUUGCCAUAAAAACUUAUGUCAAAUGGAAUAAGCCAGAUAGUCAGCAAGAAGUAAGGCCUUCCUUGCCCUUCUCUGAAGCUAUGGGUCAUAUUUGCCCUUUGCGUUUUGGAAAGCAUGGUUUAGAAACUCCUAGACUUGCCAAGUGGCCCUUUUACAAGUUGAACAGGCAUAACACUAAUGCCCUUUGUAUUUCUAAAAACAUGGUUUAGAAACUACAAAGACUGAUAUAGCCUAGUCGUAUGGGUCGAAUAGGCAUAAUAUAAAAUAAAGUGUUAUGGCCAUUUAUCAUUUAUUUUUUUGCCACAUAGGCUCAUGACUGUUGCAAAUGUACCAUCUUUUGGUGUCCGGACAUUAUUCAUUUGCAACCUUAAAAAAAUUGUCCUGCAUAGCUACGUAUAAUGGUGUAACACUGGGAAGGUGAGCCUAGCAUAUUGUGUGUGUCCCAAGUGAAUUAUGCUAAGACAGAAGCAUAUAAUUUGUGCUUAUAAGUUAUAGCAAAGCCUGCUUAAAUAUUUUCAUGAAGCUCUUGAGAAAUGGUUUUGUGCCUGUGUAUUCAAACAGCAGAGCCAAACACAAAAGAUCGCUAAGUGUCCUUAGGAAGAAUUCAUUUGUAGACUAAAAGUUAAAGAGCCUAUACUUUUAGGGUCUGGUCUGUGAUCAGGGGUUAACCUUUUCAUCAAGAUGGUCAGGUUCUGUGCAUUCCUUACUCUUUUUCUCCACUGAAAACAGUUGUUUGGUGUGGGAUAUUUGGCUUCUCUGACAAAACUUCCACACGGCCAGUGCCAACGGGCUUUGUGGGAUUUGUUCAGCAUCUUGCGCACUUCUGUUCUCAUUGUUUCAAACACUCUGCAGUAAUUGAGAGUUGGACGCCGUAGUGGGACAUGAGUACCUGUGGAACUGUGGAAAGUUCUGCAUUAUUGCUAGCAAGUAACUAUGAGAAAACCAGAGGACAGCAAAGACACCUCAGUGUGCUGUGGAACUGUUGCCUUACAUUUCAAUCUUCCCUAUUUCAAGUACAUUGAUAAGUAUUAG